AUGGCUUUUCAAGACUUUGACGAGAUUCGAGAACGCGUAAACGCAGAGAGAAAACGCAAGUUCAGGAAGAGAAUCAUCAUAGGAGUCGUCUCUACACUUGUUGUUGUUGCUGCCAUUAUUGGAGCUGUUUUUGCUUACGUUACAUAUGAAAACAAAACUCAAGAACAAGGAAAACACACAAACAACCACUCUAAAGCUAAAAGCUCCGACAAAAGCGAGACUCCAAGCCAGAAACCGCCACCAUCAUCUGCAGCACAAUCUGUGAAACCUGGCCAGGUCGAUAAGAUCAUCCAAACACUUUGCAAUUCCACCCUUUACAAACCAAGCUGCGAGAAAACUCUUAAAAACGGGACAAAGACAGAUACUCCUGUUUCUGAUCCUAGGAGCCUCUUAAAGUCUUCCAUCGAAGCAGUCAAUGAAGAUCUAGGGAAAGUUUUCGAAAAGGUUUUGAAACUAAAAGCAGAGAACAAAGAUGACAAAGACGCAAUGGCGCAGUGCAAGUUGCUUGUGGAUCAAGCUAAGGAAGAACUUGACACAUCUGUGAAAAGAAUCAAUGACACAGAGGUUAAUAACUAUGCGAAAACAGUUCCCGAUUUAGACAGUUGGCUAAGCGCAGUCAUGUCUCAUCAAGAGUCAUGUCUCGACGGAUUUGAAGAAGGGAAACUCAAAACGGAGAUACGUCAGAGUUUCAAUUCUUCUCAAGUUCUGACGAGCAAUUCACUAGCGAUGAUCAAAUCUUUAGACGGUUAUCUUUCCUCGGCUCCAAAGAUUAAAACAAGACAUCUUCUUGAAUCAAGAUCUUCUCCGUCUUGGUUAAGCAACAAGGAGAGACGAAUGUUAAAAGCUGUUGAUGUGAAAGCUUUGAAACCUAAUGCUACAGUUGCCAAAGAUGGCAGUGGAAAUUUCACAACCAUUAAUGAUGCACUUAAAGCAAUGCCUGUCACGUACCAAGGAAGGUACAUCAUUUAUAUCAAACAAGGAGUUUAUGAUGAAUCAGUUGUUGUUGACAAGAAGAAGGCUAAUGUUACAAUGGUCGGUGAUGGAUCACAGAAGACGAUCGUCACCGGGAACAAAAGCCACCCAAAGAAAGUCCGCACAUUCCUCACUGCAACAUUUGUGGCACAAGGAGAAGGGUUCAUGGCACAGUCCAUGGGGUUCCGGAACACGGCUGGGCCAGAGGGACACCAAGCGGUAGCAAUACGUGUCCAAUCCGACCGUUCAGUUUUCCUAAACUGUCGAUUCGAAAGCCACCAAGACACGUUACACGCCUACACGCACCGCCAAUACUACAGGAGUUGUGUCAUUGUCGGAACAAUCGACUUCAUAUUCGGUGAUGCGGCCGCAAUAUUCCAGAACUGCGACAUCUUUCUCAGAAAAGGUGUAGCGGGGCAGAAGAACACGGUGACGGCUCAAGGACGAGUGGACAAGUUUCAGACGACAGGCUUUGUGAUUCACAAUUGUACGAUCGCUCCAAACGAAGAUCUUAAACCCGUAAAGGCCGAGUUCAAAAGCUACCUCGGACGGCCGUCGAAAAACCAUUCUCGAACAGUUGUGAUGGAGUCAACGAUCGAGGAUGUGAUCGAUCCUGUCGGUUGGUUGAGAUGGCAAGAGACGGAUUUCGCGAUCGAUACAUUGUAUUACGCGGAAUACAAGAACGACGGUCCAAGUGGAGCAACCGCUUCUAGGGUUAAAUGGCCUGGAUUUAGGGUUAUAAACAAAGAAGAGGCCAUGAAAUAUACGGUGGGACCGUUCUUACGAGCUGAAUGGAUUCAGGAGCUAGGGUCUCCGGUUAAGUUAGGUCUAUAUGACGCUUGA